UAAUCAUUAUAAUAUAAUUAUACCAUAAUCAUAAUAACAAAAGUUGGUACCGUAAUGCGUAUCGCGUACUAUUCGUGUGUGUCAGCUGGACGUGUCUACGAUAUAAAUUGUCAAUACACGACGUUAUUGCCGCACAAUUUAUUAUUAUGAAUUAAAAUAUUAAUAAUUAUUGCGAUUCGCGAAUACGGUGAGAACCAAGCGGUAAGAACACGGCCGCGCAGCUUGUGCAACAACAGUUGCGCACUUGCGCGUGAAGUGCGGUGGUCGGUGUGCGUGUGUGUGUGUUUGUGUGUGCGUGUGUGCGAAUACAUAUGUGUGCGCGCGCGCGUGUCGUGUUAUCUCGUCCACUCGCAAGUUCGCGACCCAAAACGCACUCUCUCUCCGCUUAAACAACUUAAUAAUAUGUCUGGUAGAGUUAAAUAGUUUGGAAAAUUAACCCACGCACGCACACAAUUGUUGCUACUGCCAUCGUAAUUUACUAUUAUUAUUUAUUAUUUCAAAUUGUGCGACAAUAUUUUGUGUGUAGUAUAUUAAGCUGAUCACGGUCGACCGUAUUCGUUCCGAAAGAUAAUAAUCGAUUGGAAGUGGUUGAUGAUCUGUCUGUCGUCCGGUCGCUGAAAUCGCCGCUGCUGCCUCAACAGCGAUAUAACUCGUCGUGGUCUUAAGUGCGGUGCCGACGAACAGUCAUGGCGUCAUCGUUUCCGCCGCCGUAAUACAAUCGGCGAUCGUCGAUAACGGCGGGAGAGACGUUUCGCCAUUUUUCCUCGUUUUCUCCGUUUCACUCAGUCGCUAGCCCUGUGCUGCCCUACUUCCACCGACGAGUCCAGCGCAGACCCGAACCAGAACAAAUAUUGCAAUAUUCUAUUGGAGUGCACCUGUCGCCACCGAGCUUCUGCGAGACGUCAAUACACGGAGAUAUGUUUUAUUGUUUGGGAUGAAUCAACGGUGGCAAAUAAAGGUUCUUCCUAUGUUCGAAGCUGGUUAGCCUUAAUCGUGUUAAAAUAUUUUAUGGUUUGUAAGUCACUGUAAAGUGAAAAAUUCUGAUUGCCAUGGGUACUAUUGUAGAGAGUUUGGCCAAUUGUUCAAUAUCGACUCGGGAUAGGGUAAUUGCUCCUUCAAGUCAAAUUCAAAUUUUUCAACUCAUUGUAACAAUUGAAAGUGCAAGCUUAAAAAAUAAUGGUGGAUUGAUUAAACCGCAUCCAUAUGUUGAACUUGUUGUUGAUGAUUGCAAAAGAAAUAAAACUGAAGUUAUAAAAAAUACAUAUCAACCGCAAUGGAAUGAAGAAUUCACUGUACUUGUUACUCCAUUCUCAAUAUUACACUAUCGUGUAUUAGAUUAUUGUAAAUUUCAAAAAGAUGUGCUUAUAGCAGAAAAGAGUAUUAGUCUUUAUGAUAUUUUAAGUAAUUAUAACGGUGUCUGUGAUAAUUUGGAGUUGACAAUUGAUUUGAUACGAGUUCGUCAUCAUGAUCAUCAAGCACCAAGUUCAUCCACAUCUAACAAUUUAGUCAAGGUUGGAGAGUUGAUUACUAUAUUACAUGGUUUUCAUAUUGAUAUGUCUCAAUUUUCGAAUCCAGCCAGAGCAAGAGGCAAUAGUACUAAUAAUUAUCCAGGAUUAUCAAAUGGCGAUUUUAGUAACGGUGUUAGAGCUCGUAGUCGUUCCUCAACAACGGCUGCUAUUGGAUCACCAGCUCCAACUAUAGACAUGAAUGUAUCAAAUAAUCUUGUAAAUAAUGCAUUAACUAAUAACAUUCGGACAUCACAAACUCCACCAUCACACAAUAAUUCUGCUGAGGGAACAAUUACUGUUCAUCAUCAAAACGGUCCUGUUACAUUACCAAUAGAAGAACCAUUGCCCGCUGGUUGGGAAAUGAGAUUUGAUACAUUUGAACGACCAUAUUAUGUGGAUCAUAACACAAAAUCAACUUCUUGGGAACGACCACAACCAUUACCAGCUGGUUGGGAGCUCAGAAGAGAUAACCGUGGGCGUAUUUAUUAUGUGGAUCAUAAUACUCGUACUACAACAUGGCAACGACCAAACGUUGAAAGACUGCAGCAUUACCAACAUUGGCAAGGGGAAAGAGCUCAUGUAGUUCAACAAGGAAACCAAAGAUUUCUGUAUCCUCAGCAUGCUUUAGGAACAGGUUCUGGACCAAAUAAUAGACAAACUACAGGAGUUCCACCAACCCCUGUUGUUGAAGAGGAAGAUCGUUUAGGACCGUUACCCAAUGGUUGGGAAAAGCGUCUCCAACCGGAUGGUAGAAGUUAUUUUGUUAAUCAUAAAAGUCGCAUUACCCAAUGGGAGGAUCCACGUACACAAGGAACUGAGUUGAUUAUUGACAAUUCUGAUUUACCAACUGGUUGGGAAGUAAGAAAAACCACUGAUGGAAUUAGAUAUUUUGUUGAUCAUAAUACACAUACAACUACAUUUGAAGAUCCUCGUAACCAUAUACCACCCAUUCAAUGUUCUACUGGUCCUUAUGGGGUACCUGCCGCUUAUGAAAGGUCAUUCCGUUGGAAAUUAAGCCAGUUCCGGUAUUUGUGUCAAAGUAAUGCAAUAUCAAGCCACAUUAAGAUAACGGUUUCCAGACAAACACUGUUUGAAGAUUCCUAUCAUCAAAUAAUGAGAUCUGCUGCGUAUGAAAUGAGGAAACGUUUGUAUAUAGUAUUCCGUGGAGAAGAAGGCUUAGAUUAUGGCGGUGUUUCACGAGAAUGGUUCUUUUUACUUUCACACGAAGUACUCAACCCAAUGUACUGUCUGUUUGAAUAUGCCAACAAAAAUAAUUAUAGUCUACAAAUUAAUCCUGCUUCUUAUGUGAAUCCAGACCAUUUGUUAUAUUUCAAAUUUAUUGGACGAUUCAUAGCUAUGGCUUUAUAUCAUGGACGUUUUAUUUACUCUGGUUUCACAAUGCCCUUUUACAAGCGUAUGCUGAAUAAAAAACUUACCAUGAAAGAUAUCGAAUCUAUUGACCCAGAAUUUUAUAAUUCAUUGGUUUGGAUACGUGACAAUAAUUUAGAAGAAAGUGAUAUUGAAAUGUACUUUGGUGUGGAUUUUGAAGUACUUGGUCAAGUUGUCCAUCAUGAGUUGAUAGAAAAUGGUGACAAAGUGAAGGUUACUGAUACUAACAAAGAUGAAUACAUUAAAUUAAUGACUGAAUGGAGAAUGACACGUGGUAUUGAAGAACAAACUCAAGCAUUAUUAGAUGGAUUUAAUGAAGUAGUUGCAUUAGAAUGGUUGAAAUAUUUCGAUGAACGUGAACUGGAACUCAUGCUGUGUGGCAUGCAAGAGAUUGACGUCGAAGACUGGCAACAGCAUACAAUUUAUCGCCACUAUAAUAGAACUAGCAAACAAAUUAACUGGUUUUGGCAGUUUGUAAAACAAGCUGACAAUGAAAAACGAGCAAGACUUCUUCAGUUUGUGACUGGAACAUGUAGGGUUCCGGUAGGAGGGUUUGCUGAGCUUAUGGGGAGCAAUGGAGCACAGAGGUUUUGCAUUGAAAAGGUUGGUAAGGAAACAUGGUUACCUCGGUCUCACACAUGCUUUAACAGAUUAGACUUACCGCCAUACAAGAGCUAUGACCAACUAGUCGAAAAACUCAAUUAUGCUAUUGAGGAGACUGAAGGGUUUGCUCAAGAAUGAAACACAAAUAUAUUCAGGUUAAUGUUCCAUCAAUUGUUACGAUUUGAAAUAUAGAUAUAUUAGUAUAUACUAAUAUUUACAAGACCGAACAGUGAUAUCAUGACCUCACAAUAUCAAAUAAACGGUGAAACCGUAUUUAGCCCUUUAGAGGUUUAAAAUACAUUCCUUAAUUUAUAUUCUGUUUUUAUUUUAUGCAUCGUUAAUUAAUUUUGGAGUUAAAGUGUUUUAUUCAUUGAUGUUUCUCGUUAUAUAUCUCCCAUUCAUAUAGUUACUAUUACUUAUAGAUUUUAAGAACUGUGUUUUUAUAAAUAAGAAGGCGCAUGUAUGUAAUAAAUAAAUACAAAAAUACUUUUAAUGUAAUGUACAAAAAAAAAAAAAUGAAUAGCGGUUAUGAUUUAUUACAAACUUCGAUUUUGGUGAAUGGAAGUAUAAUUUAUGUAUAAUAUAUAAAUCAUAUUCCUCUUAUUCACUUUAAAUAAUUUUUACUAUAACAUUCAACUAAUAUUUGUUAUAAUUUGUUAACUAAACAUAGGGUACUUAAAUAUUAUAUAAUAAAUUAAAAUAUUUAUUUAUUGUAGUACUAAGCAAUCAUUAGAAUUGAAAAUACAUGUGACCUAAAGCUGCGAUAAUAAUUACAUUUAUUAUUGUUGUUUUUCUUAGAUUGUGCUUACGCUUUUGCGAACAUGUUUAUUUUUUUAAAACAUAAAAAGUUACCAUGUAUAACAAUUGUUUAUUUUGUAUUCUGAAAUAUUAUAAUAAUCAAUUUUAGCAUUAAUUACAAUAUAUAAGAUUAGGUACCAUACAGCAUUUAGUAUUCAAUUUUUUUUUAUGAAAGAGCAUUUACAAAAAAUAGAAUUUAGCUCAAACUUUUAAAAUAUUUUUUGGAAAUAUCUUUAGAAAAAGUUUAUAAAAUUUGUUCAGACAUUAUUUUGCCUAAAAUACAUUUAAUAUGUUAUUAGAAAAUGAAAAUUCAUCUUAAUGGUUUUAAAUACAUAGUUUUCUAAAAAUCAAAAUGACCGUUUUAUAGUACUACUUUGCUGUGUGUGAGCAUAUUGUAACGCUUAAAUAUAUAUAUUUAUUUUACUUUAUCAUUAUAAAAAAUAUUUAUAUAAUUCCUGUCCUCUAAAUUUAUUCUCUUUUUUUGUUAAAUUAAAUAAAUCUAAACCUUUGAGCAUAGGCGUGCUUUCAGUUGUGGCUUGAAGGGCUAUAGGUUAAUCUCAAGUUUUUUAUUUAGGUAGGCACCAAAAAAGUCUAUCCCUUAAAGAAGAGAUGGCAAAUUUGUUGCGUGCCAAAAAUAAAAUAUUUAUUAUAUUAUAUUUUUAAUAAUAAUUAACAAGACCACAAUUUAUUUAUUAUU